GGCUCACCAGCCCACACAGCCCACCAAGCACCACCAACCCCCCAAGCUCUCCUCACGCCCGCCUAUUCUGGACAUUAAGCCUCUUCUGGGCUUUGCACCACGCUCAUGAUCCAUCACCCCACUGUCUGAGACCACCAGCGGCUGUGCAUGUCGUCACUGUGCCUAUGCACAUCCGUCUAAGCUACCACCCUCAGUCUUGAUGCUCGCGCUUGUAAGCCGAAACCUUAACCUUCCCUCCCCUAGUGUAGCUACCGUCUUAUAUGAACUCUGUUUUUUCCCCUUCACCUUCUCUGCAUGAGCCUCAUCUCCUCCACUUCUCAUGUGGCCAACUUUGAUGUACGCAUGGGAAUGUUGAGAUUGUGAACCUUGGAAAACACAGUUGCUGCCGACCCAAAAACCUCGUUGCAUCUUGCACUAGACUGACCUAGCCUGUCUCAAUACCAUCACACAAUGGAGACCACCGUGCUUUGUGGGCCCAUGGCUUACCAAGGGGGAUUCCCAGGUCUGAAACCCGAAAUGGAUCCCAAGGAACGCUUUUAUAGACACUUCGAGGCCCAAGCCACAGCCCUGCAAGAGAAUAUCGCAAACCUCGCCGACAUCUCACCCACCGCCGGUGAGCGCAAGGACGCCACAGACCAUGUGCUUGCUGGCAUCUCCAGACUCACCAAUGAGGUCUCCGAUGCCUCCGAGUACGCGCCCCCUCGCGACCAGAUGAUCUAUGGCCAGGCCCUCAAGGCCCUGCGUGAGCAGGUCAACAUCCAGAGCCGAGGCCUGGGCCCCACGACCGGCUUCCAGUUCACACAGGAAUCCAAAGACUCGUGGGUUGCUGCCGGCAAGGACAAGGCACCAGCCGAUGCUGAAACCGACAGCGACGCCACCGUGCAGGCGGAAACGAAAGACGCCGUGGGCGACCUCCCGAGCUUCUCAGGCACGGGCUCGGCAGCAGGGGCCAAGGACUACAACGCCGAGAUGGCCUCGCAGGGCGGCGGCGGGGUCCGCAAGCCCAGCUUCUCACAGGCGCGCGACAUCGACAUCUCCAACCACCGCGGCAUGCACAUCAUCCUGCCCGCCACGGCGUCGCGGGCCACGGCGUCGGGCACGCUGACCGAGCUGCGGGGCUGCGUGCUGGACAUGUCGGCGCCCUUUGCCAGCAAGAAGAAGAAGGGCGUCCACCACGGCGGCGGCGGCGGCGGCGCCGCCCCCUUCAACACGCUGGCCGUCCGCAACAUCUCGGGCAGCCUCGUCAUCGCGGGCCAGGUCGCGGGCCCCGCGCACAUCACAGGCGUGCGCGACAGCGUGCUGGUCGUCAACGCCCGCCAGGCCCGCAUGCACGAGUGCCGCAACGUCACCGUCUACCUGUGGUGCGGCAGCCACCCCAUCAUCGAGGACUGCGAGGACGUGCGGGUCGCGCCCCUGCCCGAGGUCUUCCUCGGCCGGGGCCAGGACAACGGCGCCGGCAGCAACCAGUGGGACCGCGUCGACGACUUUGGCUGGCUCAAGACCGAGCCGAGCCCCAACUGGAGGAGGCUGGCCGGGGACGACCACGCCGUGCCCGAGGACUUCUGGACGACCACCGUCAAGGGCGGCCCGGCGUUGAGUACCCAGGAUAUCCUCCGGAGGGCGGGCAUCCGCACCUGAUGUGGCCAAGUUCGUCUAUCGACAUGGCACAUAAAGACAUGACAUGUAAAACAGGGGGCUUAUUGGUGCGCACGGCGUUGGGCUCUUGGGUAAAGCAUAAUGUGGGAGUCAGGGCGGUUCGGCAGGGAGUGAGCAGCUACGCAAUAAAACUUCCGCCCUGGCUCGGUUUCUCCCAACUUAAUACCACUUGUAUACCAACACGGCUUCAUAGCACUGCAAUAAAACGGUUGAUCUUCUUAUAUCUCGAGUCAUCUAAAUUGAUAUGGCCUAUCUCGAGUCGCCGUAGCGGUGGGCCCCAAAGUAUUCUUUCCUCAGGCCUGUAGGUAUGUAUGCCCAAGUCACGAUGGAUCAGUCCAUUGGCAAGUUGAGGCCGCCCUUACCCAGGGACCUCACGCCAAUCUCACCAGACCAACGCCGUAUUUUCACCUCCGCCGUCUCACAACAGGACCACCUCCUCAUCGGCGUCAGCUUCCCCAUCAGCAUCGGCAUCCGGAUCACCCUCCCCUGCCGCCUCAGGCUUCGGCGCAACGUCAGCGUCUGUCUUGGUCUUCGAUUUGUUGCGAUUGAAAUGGAGGAUGAUCUUGAUCGGUCUCUUGCGUCGGGGUGGCGAGGCUGUUUGUGUGGCUGCUGUCUCUGCCUCUGCCUCUGCUGCCUCUGCCUCUGCCUCUGCUGCCUUCUUCUUCUUGGCGCUCCGGGUGGCUGGUGGCGACGUUGUAUCAGGAGGUCGGGAUUUGGCCUUGCGGGUCCGCGUUCGCUGUCUCGCCGAUGAGCCAGAGGGGCCUUUGGAUGGCCUUCUCGGGGACGGCGUGCGUGGUGCGGGCGGGGUCUCGGCCUCUGGGUGAUCUUGUCUCUCCGAGACUUCGGCGGCCAAUUCCACUUGCUUUCCUUGGGAAGCAGUUGCUUGUGUGGGGGGCAUGGUAGCCGAAUAGUCUGGAGGUUGGUGGUAAGGCGGUGGUGGUGUCCCCGCCAUCAUGUCUUCCUCCAUCCCUCCCAAACCGGCAGUAUCCCAUUUCUCGGCCGCAUCCGCGACGUUGGGGAUACUGGCGGCCGUAGUCGCCUCAUGCUCCUCAUGAGUUCGCUCAUGGGUCUCGUCAGGGUGUACCUGGUUGGCCGUGUUUGAAGCACUCGAGUGACCCAUUGCACCAUUCCCCUCCUCUUGCCUAGUGUCGAUGAGAGGGGAAAAGAAAGCCUCUUCGUCCAGCACAUCUGAUAAGCUAGAUGCAUCGGUCAUCUGUCCAUCUCGACCGAUGUCCGGGGACUCAUAGAAGCUUGCGUGGCCCAAGGGAUCGUCUCCCAGGGUAUAUUCAUGCCCCAGACUAGGCGGAAACCGCAAUGGAAUAGCUUCUGAUGCAUCAGAAAGGUGUCUCUGUGUUCUUGCGUGGGGCAUCGCUCCGGUCUGGCCUUCCAAUCCAUGGGUAUCAAUGCCGACCCGUAACGACCUCUCCAAGGCGGUGGUAUCAAGCCCAACAUCACUUGUAUCCCCGCUGGCAUCGCCUCCGACUUCGAGGACAAUAUGCCGGUCUCUGGACAUAGGAGCCAGGGGGCUAGACACAUUUGCGCCUCCAUUUCUCAUCGUAUACGUCGACGCAUCGUCCAGGUCACUGUCCGUCAUGGCCGAGACCUCAAGGCUAUCCGCAGCAGCAUCAGGAGUCGGAGUUCUGGGCUCCUAGCCCAAAGAAUCACCUCCUCCCUGCGCACCCGUCCCACCCAUUUCGACAUCUGUACUCCCAUGGCUGAACUGGAUACCGAACUCCUUCAGCUGCUGCAGAACCUUGCGCUGGCUCUCGAUCUUGUCCUGCCACUCCUUGAUCUCCGCCUCCUGCUCCGCGAUGGUCCUGGUGAUAUCGGGCAGGGUGUGCACUGCGGCGCGGGCGCGUUGGAUCUUAUGUUUCAGCGGGUCGGUGGCAGCAGUGAGAUCCUUGGUAGACAGUGUCUUGGUGUCGGCGGUCUUGGCUGUAGUGUCCGCACCUCCGGAUGGAGUCGCGCCUGAUGCAGGUUUGCUGGAGUCGGCGUCGCCAUUUGUGGCUGCGCCGUUCUUGUCUGUGUAGCGCAGGCGGGAGAGGAUCGUGAAGAGCUCGGAGGGGACAUCGACCGAGUCGGGGGUGAGGCCGCCGGGGAGGGACUGUGAGUUUGCAUCUGGUCCCAACGUCGAGGACGCCAUUUUUGCAAUGAGCAAGUGUGGGAGAAAUGGCAGAGACACGAUGCUGGCUUAUUGGAAAGUAGUUAAACUUGUCCAAAUGUCCAACUUGUGGCAGUCAAGUCUAAGAGCUAGCCCCAGCUAAGUGCGAAUAAGGUGACUAGCUAUGGGUACCUAGGUACUCCGUACAAGGGUGUGCCAAGUCAGGCACCUUCUGCGAAUCCUGGGUCCUCAGCUAGCUCCCAGGUGGGUACCUAGGUAUCUAAGUGCCUACCGACAGGUAGAUAGGUGGGUAAGGGGACCUAAGAAACAUGAAGGCUUAAGAGAGCUUUCGAUGUUAUCUGAGACCAGGCCGUCAACUCUGACCCCUCGGAGCCUGCGACGAAUGAUUCGUGAGCAAGAAUUCAAUCAAGGCCAGCGUGGCCUGUCAACCCGGGUACUCGUCAAUGCCUUACGCUCCUUCAAGAUGUGCUCCUGGUGUGACAAUAGGAGUGUGUUUUGAUUAU